ACUGACAGUAAAAAAAAACAUUUAAAAAAGUUAUUUUUCUCCUUUUGAUUCUAUCUGAUUUCAGUGCAGACAAGCUGUUCUUUGGCAAUGACUGUGCUAUUGUGAAUGUUACUUAUAUACUGUAUGUGCAUAAGUAAUAACAGUUGCUUGUGCUGUCAUCUAUACUCCAGAGGGUGUCACCAUAGUACUCUCUAUACUGCAACAUCAAGACUAAUGAGGAAAAUCAGAACACAUUUUCUAUGUAAGGGCCCUUUUCUUUUCCUUUUCUCUCACUCAGGUAAACCCAUCAUAGACAACAUCACAGAUGCCAUCUAUGGAAGCAGGAAGACCAUCUGUGUGAUCAGUCGCAGAUACCUUGAGAGCGAGUGGUGCUCUAGAGAGAUACAGGUGGCCAGCUUCCGCCUGUUUGAUGAGCAGAAGGACGUGCUGAUCCUGGUGUUUCUGGAGGACAUUCCCGCCACUGAGCUGUCUCCUUACUACCGCAUGAGAAAGCUGCUGAAGAGGUGGACCUAUCUCAGCUGGCCUCGAGCCAAGGAGCACCCUGAACUGUUCUGGGAGAAACUCCGUCAGGCUCUGGAGACUAAAGACGAUCUUGGUGAGGGACAGAUUUAA